AUGGGGAAGUUCAGGGAUAUAAUUCAUAUUUUCAUUUGUUUAUUAAUUUUGUUCAAUUCUGGAUCCUUUUUGUACGGAUCGAAUCCGUUUUGUGAAGCCAAAAGUGAAGCAGAUGAAGUUAAAGUCCUGACUGAUGAUACCUUCGAUAAAUUCCUGGCCGAAAAUAAGUUGGUUAUGGUCAAAUUCUACGCUGACUGGUGUGUACAUUGUAAGAAUUUGGCUCCGGAAUAUUCAAAGGCAGCUAAGAUGCUUAAAGAUGAGAACUCGGAUGUCGUCUUUGCGAAGGUCAGGAACGAAGAGGGCGUGAAUCUCAUGGAACGCUUCAAUGUCAGAGGCUUUCCAACACUCUAUUUCUUUAAAAGCGGAACAGAAAUUGAAUAUCCAGGCUCAAGAGAUGCGAGUGGGUUAGUGUCGUGGGUUAAGGAGUUGUCGACACCCGGAGUCAAGUUUGUGGAAGACGCUUCAGAGUUGCCAUUGGACAAAGUUUUUGUUGUCUCAUAUUCAGACUACACUUUGUCAGAUCUUGACUCAGGAUCAGUCUCACCACUCUUCCUCAAAUUCGUUAAGGAAUCUGAUAAGUAUCGCUCAUACUUUGGUUUCUACAACCUGCCACACAGCCGCAAGGACAAAAGUGUCUGGAACAAGUGGCGUUCAACUGAAGAGUGGUCAAAGUGGAAAGAGUUUUCCCAAAAACAUAGUGAUUUGAAGGAACUAACAGAAGCCUUGAGUAGGCAAGAAGAAGAGUAUAAGAAAAGAGAACCUAAAGAAGAAUUUGUAGUACAUCAGCCCUCAGAAGGUUAUACAUUAUUUGAAGGAAGCACCGAAGAAGAACUUGAGAAGUUUCUCUCCAGGGAAACCUUACCACUAUUUGCAGAAAUUGACCAGGAAAACUACAUGAGGUUCAUAACCUCUGGCAUGGAUUUGGUCUGGUUCUGCGGAACAAAGUCAGACUACGACAAAUAUAAGGACGUUUUCACAAAGGUGGCAAGAGUACUCCGUCACAAAAGCACCUUCGUCUGGGUUGAUUCAGAGAAGUUUGGAACAAUAAAGGAGGUGUUUUUACUCACCCAACUGCCCGCAGUUGCAUACCAGACACCCACAGGCCGUUAUUUAUUACAACCAAAUGCUGAAGAAUCAGUGAAAGGAACAAAGUCGUAUAAUUUUGAGACGUUCGACUCACUGCUCGAAUUCUACCACGAUGUGAAGGUAGGAUUGGUGCCAAAAUCAGUAAGAAGUGAGGAAGAACCAAAGGAUAACGAUGGGCCAGUUAAAGUUGUAGUUGGAAACACACUAGAGAAGUUGUUUGACUUAAAGAAGAACGUACUUUUGAUGAUCCACGCACCGCAUUGCCAACACUGCAAGAACUUCUUGCCAGUGUACCAAGAGUUCGCAACAGUGAACAAGGACAACGACUCUCUGAUCGUUGCCACCUUCAACGGCGAUGCAAACGAGUCGAGCAUGGAGGAGGUCAACUGGGACUCCUUCCCGACUCUACUCUAUUUCAAGGCAGGCGAGCGAGUCCCGGUAAAGUUCGCAGGAGAACGCACAGCCGAAGGCCUAAGAGAGUUUGUUACGCAAAACGGCGGAUUCGUCGAAGAUAUCCACACUGAACUAUAA